AAGCGUCGACUCAAGAAAAGUCUAACUUUAGCAGUGAUUCAUGGUAACUCUCUCCUUUAAGAAUAUCUAAAAAAUGGUUUCCAAUUCCAAGUGAGCAUAAGUAAAAAAAAUUGCACUUUGCACGUUAAAAAAUUGCAGGUCAAUUGACUUUUUGCGAGAUGUGAAUAGGCGACUAAUAAGGCUUCCGAACUGGGUUGGUUUUCCCUUGCCAUGUGAAGACAAAUUAGAUACAUCGUCCUGUGUAUUUCAUCGCAAAUCGACGGACAUAAUCGUGCGUUUCCCACAGUCGUAUUGUUCAAGUUUGUAAUUUACGAGAUGAGGUUACAUUUGCAAUAAGAAGUUUACGUAGUGAAUCUGAAGAAAUGGGACGAAGAAGCCUGGUGCCCCCCGAUGGUGGUUGGGGAUGGGUUAUCGUAGUCGCAUUCGCUUUAUUUAAUUUCCUAGUCAUACCGGUACUCCAAAAUUUUGGCCUUAUAUUCCAAGGGAAAUUUAAAGAACUUGGAAUGUCGGCUACGGACGAAACUUUUGUGGUUACCAGUGGAUUGGCUAUUGGAAUGCUUGCAGGAUUCUUUUAUGGGCCGUUGAUAAAAAAAUUCAAUUAUCGAAAAGUGUGCACUGUAAGUGCUUUUUUGACGUCGGUGGGGAUUAUUUCGAUGAUGUAUGCGGAGAAAAUGGUGCAUUUUCUAAUGAGUUACGGAUUACUUACAUCGAUUGGCUUAAGUUUGGGAAUGACCUCAUAUUCAUACGCGCUGAACAGCUACUUCUUGAAGCGAAGAAGUUUCGCGACAGGCUUUGCGUAUACGAUAACGUGCAUGGGAUCGAUCGCUAUGCCCCAAUUGAUUAGUUUCCUAUUAUCGCAGUAUGACGUGAGCGGUACCUGUCUAAUUAUUGGCGGACUCUCACUAAACUGCUUCGUAUCUGCUGCCUUACUGCAGCCCGUUGAAUGGCACAUGAAAGAGGAUCUAUCGAACUUUCACAGGUCCACAGCAGGCAACACCAAGAGAUCCUCAAUUUACACGAUCAAUCUUCAGGAGGGCCAUUGCUCUGAAAUAAACACAGAUGAGAUGAACCGAAAGGCCGUAUCUGACUCGACAACCGCAAUAUUUUCCGAUCGUAAUUUGGUAGUUGCAGAAGAAAAGGACAGUGCGAUAAAGGAGUUUUUCUACACUAUAGCGCACAUAUUUGAUCUGUCCCUUUUAAAAGACAUGUCUUUCUUAAACCUGUUAAUGGGUUUAUCAGCCGCGGCGUUUGCGGAACAAGCCUUUUCGGUGCUAACUCCGUUUAUUCUUGCCGAUUUGCACAUGAAUACUCAACAAAUCGCUACGUUUAUAUCGGUACUGUCUCUUACGGAUUUAAUAUUUCGAUUCAUUACGCCUUUUAUCGGCAACUACUUUAAGGUAACGUCCAAAAUGAUGUGCAUGGUAAGCUUUUGUCUACUCACACUUUCGCGUUCCUGCCUAUUUCUUCCGCUGCACCAGUAUGAAUUCUUUGUCGGCGUGGCUCUUGCAAUUGGUGUAGCAAAAGGUGUUAGAACUGUCUACUGGACCUUGGUCCUUCCGGAUUAUGUUCCUUUAAAGAUGUUACCAUCAGCAACUGGCAUGCACAUGGUGCUGAAUGGUCUAUUUCUAUUCAUAGGAGGUCCAAUUUUAGGUGUAGCAAAACAUUUAAGUGGCAGUUACGUCAACUGCGUUCUCAUCACUAAUGGCAUUACGUUGGUGGCUCUAACCACGUGGUCCUGCGAAAUCGGUUACACGAAGUACAUCAACUCAAAGAAAGAAGAAAUUACGAAGAUGUGAAAGUAUCUACAAGCAUCCGUUGGACAUCGAUUCAUUUAUUUGUGUUCUUCGUUCUUUCUGUAUUUGAUUAGUAAAUACUAGUAACAGUC